UAUUAAAUAAGAUAAUUCAACGAGAUUCUAGGUUCACUUUUCAUUUUUGCAUUGAUGAUGCCUUGCUUCUAUGCAUCUUGCUAUAUAAUUCACAGUCAUCUCAAAUUAAGAAUGUUAUCUCAGGGGAGGGACUAUUAUCUGUUUUAUUUGGAUUUGUUGGGUAUAUAAGAGUGGUGACCCAUAUGUCUGCUCACUUGAUUUCAAGAAAUGGAUUAUAGUUUAGUCGAUGCAAGAAAUUUGAGCCGCAAGACAAGGGGAAAAAGAAAGAUAGAAGCAAUGUUGGGGAUGAAAAAGAGGAUGUAAGAGGUUACUUCACAUGGAAUUUGGACAUGGAGCGUGUUUUAGCUGAUGGAGUAUGGAAAACACUAGCAUACAAUGCUGUGGCCGGUGUUUUGUCUACACGCUUUAAUGUUAAGCUUAACGAAGAGAACAUCAAAAACCACAUCAAACUUUGGCGAAUAUGGUAUAGGAUAGUCGGUGUUAUUCUCGGUCAAAGCGGGUUUGAUUGGGAUGACACAAAGUGCAUGAUUACCGUCAAAGACGAAAAUGCAUGGGAUGAAUAUGUCAAGUUGCAUGAAGAAGCCAAAAGAUUCCGAUUUAUGGUCAUUCUGAAUUGGAAUGACAUUGUAGAUAUAUGUGCGAAAGAUAGGGCAAGUGGAGUUCAAGUAGAACAUGCAUUUGAUGUGGAUGAUGUCAGGAGCAAAGAAGUAAGUAUAGAUGAAGAAGGUUCCACAACAAAGAAAAAAAUGCAAUGUACUCUGUGCUAAAGACAAAGAGGGAAUGAUAACUCUAUGAGAGAAUUGGCUGAGUCAUUGAAAGAUUUUGUGCAAGUUAGUAGAAAAAGAAUGGAAGGAAAUGCUUGAGAAAUGGUGCAAGAAGUGUUGAAUGAAAUGAAGAUGUUUCGAUUUUGAUGACACUCUACGUUAUAAAGAAAUAAAUUGGUUGAUUGAUAAUCGGAACAAACUAGCCGUUCGCAAAGCUCUUCCGUUGAGUGAGAAGAAGAAUUAUCUAUUUGCUUCUAUGUAUUGAG